UUUCGUCUCUUUUCUCUCACUUUCUUUCUCACUCCAAAAUAUCUGUUCGUGCUCAUUUUAUAGCCUUAGUUCUGUUUCUUGUCAAAAGACUAGGUGUGCAAGUGCAAGGUGUUUCCUUUUCUGCAACUCGUCCAUUAUUUUUGUGUUGAACCCUAUCCAAAUAACAGAAGAGGUCAAUGUUGUAUGCAGUUUCUGCUCCUAAACCUUGCAUAUCCUACCCAAGAAGCCCUCAUUUUCAUAGAAGGCAUUUAGUUCCAACAAGGCUUCGUGUAUCGGCUUCGUCCUCACCGAAUCCAAAUGGCUUUGAAAAAGUGGAGUACACUCCGUGGCUGAUUGUUGGAUUGGGGAACCCCGGAAACAAGUAUCAUGGAACUAGGCACAAUGUUGGUUUUGAAAUGAUCGAUCGAAUAUCUCAACAAGAAGGCAUUUUGUUGAACACGAUACAAUCAAAGGCGUUAAUUGGAAUAGGUUCUAUCGGAGAGGUACCAAUUCUGCUAGCAAAACCUCAAGCCUACAUGAAUUUCAGUGGAGAAUCGGUUGGACCACUUGCUGCAUAUUAUCAAGUACCCUUACGUCAUAUCCUACUGGUUUAUGAUGAGAUGAGUUUACCAAAUGGUGUUUUGAGACUUCAGCCUAGAGGAGGACAUGGCCAUCACAACGGAGUGAAGAGUGUGAUGGACCAUUUGGAUGGUCGUCGAGAAUUUCCGAGGUUAUGCAUAGGCAUUGGAAAUCCACCAGGUGCUAUGGACAUGAAAGCUUAUCUUCUACAGAAGUUCAGUUCAUCAGAACAGAAGCAGGUGGAUGCAGCAUUGGAACAAGGAGUUGAGGCUUUGAAGACCCUGUUCCUCAAUGGAUUCAACAGCAAUAUCACUAGAUUUAAUCUGGUGCAGAAAUACAAGUAUCACAAAGUUUGAUUCUCACUUCCAAAAGGUUAUAGAGGGCAGUUACAAAAUCAUGUCGCAUUGCCUCCCAUUGUGGGAGGUUCAUGUGUUCGAAUUAGUUUUUAAAAUUCUUGAUUGAUAAAAAUAUUCUAACACAUAGUAAUCUUGUUAAUUGUUAUGUUAUCCUUUAACACAUUAUCAGUCAAUGGUGUCUCUUUUACA